AAUCCCAAAGGAUUUAUCACUUCCAAGUUUCUCUUCUACUAAUUGCUGCUUAAUCUAAUGAUACCAGGAUAUUUUAAUUUCUGGGCAAGUGAGCUAAUCUGAUUUUAUUUUUUAAUUUCUUUAAGGUAGAGAAGAUAAAGGAGUUAAAUCGAGUCGAGUCGAUCACGAUUCCACGUUAUUUAUUGGUAGCCGCGCUGUAAUCACAUAAAGAUUGGCUGGAUGGUUUCCAUUGUUUAUUCUUCCACAAAUUAGCAUAACUAAAAAAUACAACAAUAUCUAUCGAGUAGGCAAUCCAUCAACAGUUCAUCUGCGGACUCCGGUUUAAUCAGAUGUGACAGGUGGAGAAGACAACACUCCUUAUUACCUUUCAAAGCUUUCAAAACAACACUGCUGUGCCGCAGGUCAGGAAGCUGGACAAAUUUGAAGCAAUAUGGUUCGCCAAAUCGUUUUGAUUUCUGGCUGUUCCAGCGGCAUUGGACUCGCUACAGCUGUAUUUCUCGCCAAAGAUUCUGAGAAACGCUUUAAGGUCUACGCCACCAUGAGGAAUCUGUCGAAGAAAGGACAAUUGGUGGAAGAAGGAAAGGAAUCUCUUGAAGACACACUGGUUAUCAAAGAGAUGGACGUGAGCAGUGACGAAUCGGUGCAGAAAGCUGUGGAGGAAGUGUUAGACACUGAAGGGAGAAUUGAUGUACUAUUUAACAACGCUGGUAUUGGAGGUCUGUUUACUGCACUGGAAUGCACACCACUCGCCCUGGUCAAGGAGCUGUUUGAAGUGAAUUUCUUUGGCUCUGUGCGUUUGAUCCAAGCCGUGCUACCAGGAAUGAAAGCAAGACGAAGCGGACAUAUCAUCAACAACAGUAGCCAUCUUGGUAUCGUCGGGGUGCCUUUUAACGAGAGUUACUGUGCAACAAAGUUCGCUAUGGAGGGACUCACGGAAGCUUUAGCUCCAGUCUUACUUCAUUUCAACAUCAGGUGUACCAUACUCGAACCAGGCCCUACGCAGACCCUCGGUCCUGAAAAUGGCACCGCCUUCGUCAACAAAUUCAGUUUAUCAGACGCCGACCAAAAGAGUCAAGAACUUCUGGGAACCUUUGCGGGGAGAAUGUUCUCUAUGUUCGGAAGUACAAUGCAAACUUCUCACCAGGUGGCAGAAUACGUGAAGAAUAUUAUCCUCUGUGAGAAACCACAGUUUCGAUACCAAACAAAUGCAAAAUACAGACCCGAGGAAAUCAAAGUGAAGCUUGCCGAUCCUACAGGAAAUACUUUAGUUGAAAUGGUGAAGAGAGACUUUCUCGACACUGAAUAACUCAUGUUUGUAAAAUGUGAACAAUAUAUAAAAUUCAGCGUACAAAUACACUAUGAAUUUAAUCAGUAGCUUUUUAUCGACUUACUACUCGAGUUUUCGUUGCAGCAUGUUUGUGACUAAUAGGGAGAUCUGUUCACCAGUCUAAUGGUUUUUUUCCCAAUCCCACUUAGCAUUCCUUGCGCAACUAAUAUAGUAAGCCAAACACUGCAACGAUCUUUACAUCCUUUAUGUGAAGCUCUGAAUGUUUUCUGGCAAAGGAUCUAUUUCGUCGCGCGAAGUUUUUUUCGUCGAUUAGUAAAUAGAAAUGUUGCUGGGUUUUUUAGACCGUUUCAUUGCAGUUCUGGGACCUACUUAGGAAAACAACAAAAAGAUGUUAAAUAUACAUAUAUAUAUAUGUGUGUGUGCGUGUGUGUGUGUACACAUAUGAACCGAUGUGUAUCAUACUGACUGAAUCAAAUGUCUUAUCCUCAUUCUGUGUCAGUCAUCAUUACUAUUUCUCCCGGUACCGCUCGGUUUGUCGAGUACAAGCCAGUGCAACGUAGUAGAAGCACAGUUAUGAAAGUAACUCAAGGUCAUUUUAUUACCCGUGUAUCCCUUGCAACUUGUACUCGGAAAGAACAAUUAUAUAUAUUUUUUUGCACGCUUA